AUGCCUCUUUUGCCUGGAGAGACUUUACUUCUCAACGUCUUCGCAGAUGUACACACGUACUUUAAUCAGCCAAACUCGAAACCUGUCCAUCAUCGCUUUGACAAGGGCUCGUAUCUGUAUCUUUACUACAAUUCCACUCAACGACGGACACGUCUUGAAGUAGCCAAUUCGGCUGGCACUCCUGAUCAGGAUGCUUUCAAUGGCUAUCUGGAUCAUGCCAUGUUGACCAACACAUACAAGCAUCCAAACUUGUUCACCAUAGCUGUCGAAGGUGGCAAGCAUGGUGCUACUCCUCCACGUCCUGCAGAUCACUCGCAUUGGCACCUUCCAGCUUUUGGUCUCUCGCAUGAGCACAAGUACCUGUAUAAGAUACACACGCUGGAUCUUUACCUGUGGACCGCCAACGAUAGCAUGAAGUUGUUGGAUCUCAUAAAGCGCGUCAUGCCUCAUCAACAACUCGAUCUCACCGAAGCAGCACCACCUCCAGAGCAUGAUGGCAGCAUGAGCCCUGUGGUGCAACAGCUAGAGAAUAUGGCUAUCCACACUCCUCAUGCUCGAGCACCAAGUGCUGUGUCAGAUCUGUCGAAUCAAGGCCAUCAUGGUCAUACGCCAGAAGGUCAGAGGAGUGUGUCUCUGCAAUCAGCUCUGGCGUCUACACCCUCAUCAGCAUCUCAAGUGGCACCCUACAAUCCAGCUGCACCUGCAGCCCCUGAGCCGAUUGCUCAUCGUGAGAAGACACCACCGCCUAUCGAUGCAGCCAGUGGGACUGGACUUGCAGCUGCAGCGACUCACGAGCAACCUCGUACUUUUACUACAGCAGGGGCUCAGUAUCCGCAAACAAUUCCACAACCCGCCUUCCCUGGCCCACCGCAGCGCGCGGUGAGCAUGGGCUCUUUUCCGCCUCCACCACCGCUUGCUACACACUCUCCACAUCCUGGAUUGCAGACUGCACAUCCAUUCGCAGGGCCUCUAAGCAGUUCACAGAGUACUACGCCUCAACAGCAGCACGCUCUAACGCAGUAUGCAUCGUAUCCGCAACAGCAGUCGGCACACUACCCACAGUCUCCUGGUUUCCAGAUGCACACUCCCCUGCAAUCACCAGGGAUUCCGAACACGCCCAGCCAGCUUCCCGCCUAUGGCAUCCACACACCCGUCCAAUCACCAGGGUUUGCGCCGCAGCAAACACCUCUACAAUCUCCAGGCUUGGUCUCAACCCCCGUUGGAGGAUUCUCGAAUUACACGUAUGGCCCACAGGCGUCACAGCCAACAUUGCCGACAGAAGCAUAUGCAGUACACAGUCAAGCGUAUAAGCCUACGGAGCAGGAGGCAGCGCAUGGACAUGGUCCUAAGACACCAGUGCAACCUCCUAAACCUGGACGUCUGGAGGAGAGGUUGAAGAAGACAGAGAAGGGAGUAGGGAGGUUUUUGAAGAAACUAGAUCAGAAGAUAUAA